AUGAAAAAUACUACGACAACAAUAAAUCAAUCACCGUCAGAACGUCGUAUUCUAAAUCCCAGUCUUACAACACGUAUGAAACCCAAGACCAAGGUGAAACAGAUGAUGGAAUCUGAACUAGACGUUCAAUCGGAACAAAACAAUUCGACUAUACAAUCAAAGCAUCAACCAUUUUCAUUUUCAUUGUCAUCGUCAUCAUCAUACGCUAAUAUCAAUUUCAUUAUAUGCUAG